AGGCGGGGGCAUGAGUCAGGGGUUUGCAAGCUGCCCCCGGGGCGCGGGAGCAAGGACCUGGUGCAGUUAGUGCCGGCGCGGGCUCAGCUGGUCACAGAGGGCACCAGCGGGUGCAGGAGCUCGUCGAGAGACCCCACGGCUUGUGAGCAGGGACCCGCGCCGCGGGUUAUGCUGGGGCCUCGAUCGCCGUGGACGAUCAGACACGCAGGACAGCGCCAUGGGGGAUCUGCAGGAGGACUACGAAGAGGUGCUGGGGGAGAUUCUGGAGGAGGAGGAGUAUGAAGACCCCGGGGUCCCCAUGCCCCAGGUGGAGGAGCCGGCAGCCUCCCCUUUCGAGCCGGCACCCACCGACUACCACACCACCACAUCAUCGCACCCGGGCACCCGCGAGGUCUACGUGGAGCUGCAGGAGCUGGUGAUGGACGAGCGGAACCGGGAGCCGCGAUGGAUGGAGGCGGCGCACUGGGUGAGGCUGGAGGAGAACCUGGGCCAGGACGGCGCCUGGGGCCGCCCGCACCUGUCCUACCUCACCUUCUGGAGCCUUCUGGAGCUGCAGAGAGUCUUCGCCAAGGGCACCUUCCUCCUGGACCUCCCGGAGACCUCCCUGGCCGGGGUAGCCAACCAACUGCUGGACAGGUUUAUCUACGAGGAGCAGAUCCGGCCCCAGGACCGAGAUGAGCUGCUCCGGGCGCUGCUGCUGAAACACAGCCACACCGGAGACCUGGAGGCCCUGGGGGGUGUGAAGCCCGUGGUCCUGACACGCUCUGGGGACCCUGCUGAGCCACUGCUCCCCCAGCAGCCCUCGCUGGAGACGCAGCUCUUCUGUGUGCAGGGAGAGGGCGGCACGGAGGGACAGUCGCCGUCGGGAGUUCUGGAAAAGAUCCCCCCGGAUUCGGAGGCCACCCUGGUGCUCGUGGGCCGGGCCACCUUCCUGGAGCGGCCGGUGCUGGGCUUCGUGCGGCUGCAGGAGGCGGCGAUGCUGGAGGCCUUGGAGCUGCCUGUGCCUGUGCGCUUCCUGCUCGUGUUGCUGGGGCCCGAGGCUCCCCACACCGACUACACCCAGCUUGGCCGUGCCGCAGCCACCCUCAUGUCAGAGAGGGUGUUCCGCACCGAGGCCUACCUGACCCAGAGCCGGGGGGAGCUGGUGCACUCCCUGGAGGGCUUUCUGGACUGCAGUCUGGUGCUGCCGCCCACGGACGUGCCCUCCGAGCAGGCCCUGCUCAGUCUGGUGCCUGUGCAGAGGGAGCUGCUUCGGAGGCGCUACCUGCCCAGCCCGGCCAAGCCAGACCCCAGCUUCUACAAGGGCCUAGACUUGAACGGGGGUGCUGGGGCCCCCGGCGAACCAGAGGACCCUCUGCAGCGGACAGGCCGGCUCUUUGGGGGCCUGGUGCGUGACAUCCGGCGCCGCUACCCUUACUACCUGAGCGACAUCACAGACGCGCUCAGCCCCCAGGUCCUGGCUGCCGUCAUCUUCAUCUACUUCGCCGCUCUGUCCCCCGCCAUCACCUUCGGCGGCCUCCUGGGAGAAAAGACCCGGAACCAGAUGGGGGUGUCGGAGCUGCUCAUCUCCACGGCGGUGCAGGGCAUUCUCUUCGCCCUGCUGGGGGCUCAGCCUCUGCUUGUGGUUGGCUUCUCAGGACCCCUGCUGGUGUUUGAGGAAGCCUUCUUCUCGUUCUGCGAAAGCAACAACCUGGAGUACAUCGUGGGCCGGGCGUGGAUCGGCUUCUGGCUCAUCCUGCUGGUGGUGCUGGUGGUGGCCUUCGAGGGCAGCUUCCUGGUCCGCUUCAUCUCGCGCUACACCCAGGAGAUCUUCUCCUUCCUCAUCUCCCUCAUCUUCAUCUACGAGACCUUCUCCAAGCUGAUCAAGAUCUUCCAGGACCACCCGCUGCAGGGGCGAUACGACCACAAUGUGGUAAUGAAGCCCAAACCUCAGGGCCCCCUGCCCAACACUGCCCUCCUCUCUCUUGUGCUCAUGGCCGGCACCUUCUUCUUUGCCAUGAUGCUGCGCAAGUUCAAGAACAGCUCCUACUUCCCUGGCAUGCUGCGUCGGGUCAUCGGAGACUUUGGGGUCCCCAUCUCAAUCCUGAUCAUGGUCCUGGUGGAUUCCUUCAUCCAGGACACCUACACCCAGAAACUCUCGGUGCCCAGCGGCCUCCAGGUGUCCAACUCCUCGGCCAGGGGCUGGGUCAUCCACCCGCUGGGCUUGUUCUCCCAGUUCCCCAUCUGGAUGAUGUUUGGGGCCGCCCUGCCAGCCCUGCUGGUCUUCAUUCUCAUAUUCCUGGAGUCUCAGAUCACCACGCUGAUCGUCAGCAAACCGGAACGCAAGAUGAUCAAGGGCUCCGGCUUCCACCUGGACCUGCUGCUGGUCGUGGGCAUGGGCGGGGUGGCCGCCCUCUUCGGGAUGCCCUGGCUCAGCGCCACCACUGUGCGUUCUGUCACUCACGCCAAUGCUCUCACCGUCAUGGGCAAGGCGAGCAGCCCAGGGGCUGCGGCCCAGAUCCAGGAGGUCAAGGAGCAGAGGAUCAGCGGGCUCCUGGUCUCUGUGCUCGUGGGCCUGUCCAUCCUCAUGGAGCCCAUCCUGUCCCGCAUCCCCCUGGCCGUGCUCUUUGGCAUCUUCCUCUAUAUGGGGGUCACAUCUCUCAGCGGCAUCCAGCUCUUCGACCGCAUCUUGCUUCUGCUCAAGCCACCCAAGUACCACCCAGACGUGCCCUUCGUCAAGCGGGUGAAGACCUGGCGCAUGCACUUGUUCACGGGCAUCCAGAUCAUCUGUCUGGUCGCGCUGUGGGUGGUGAAGUCCACGCCCGCCUCACUGGCCCUGCCCUUUGUCCUCAUCCUCACUGUGCCCCUGCGGCGCCUCCUGCUGCCCUAUAUCUUCAGCAACCUGGAGCUCCAGUGUCUGGAUGCCGACGACGCCAAGGCCACCUUUGACGAGGAAGAAGGUCGGGACGAAUAUGAUGAAGUGACCAUGCCUGUGUGAGGGGCUGGCCUAGACCCCACACCCCCUUGCAACUUUCACUCCCCCGCUCUCCAGGAAGAGCACAAGUUCAUGGGCACCUCAGGGACUCCCAGGCUCUUCCUGGGCAAUAGCUGUGGCCCCAAGACUGGGUGGAAGGGGGGUAUAUGGGAAACCACCACCAAAGGUAAACUGGCUUUUCCGGCUAGAGACAGCCAAGGGGCCCACCUCGGGGGAUUAGGUCCCAUAGUCCCUCCUACUGCCACGCUGCCACUUGGGGGUCUCUACUGAGACUGAGAUCUGAGCUCUGUCUCUUCUUGGCACAGAGAGAGGGCUACUCUGGGGGCGGGGGGUGGCCGGAUGCCUGCUUGCUGUGUGACCUUGGGCAUGUCCCUUGAACUCUGCAGCCUCUGCUUCCUCUUCUGUAAAAUGGGUAUGUUGAUAAUAAUACCCACGUUACAGAGUGGUUGCUGAGGACCAAAGAUACAUGUGGGAAGAGGGCUUUGUAAAGUCUGGAGAUACAGUAGUCAGCAUUCUCCACACCUGUCCAAGGCCACGCAGCUCCUGAGCCACAGAGGGCGUCCUCCCGUGGUCACCCACCAUGCCACGCCCAGAGGUGCCCCGUGACCUCCUUCCCCUCUCUGCCCCAACCCUAACCUGAAGCCCCCUUCUCUGGGGUUGGAAAGAGGUGUUCUGGAGAGGGACCGGGAUGCAGGCAGGACUCCUCAAUGCUGGCUCCCUCGCAUGCCCUCAUUCAUUCAUUCCACAAACACAUACUGAAGGCCCUGGACCCUGUGGACCCUGAGGGGACUGAGACAGACCCUGCCCUGGCGUGGGCGAGAGGGAGCAAUGCAGAGUCUAUUCUAGAAUGGGGGGGGGGGUGGGAGCCGGGGGCAGGCGGGGGAGGGAGGGUUGUAAUUUAUUACUUGUGUAUUUUCUAAGGGCUGUCACUGUACUUUAGCUUCAUACAGGCUCCCAGAUCCCCCAUAAGAAACGCACUGUCCCCAGCCCCACCCGAACUCAACCCUGGGGAGAACCCAGCUUUGCCCAAUUGGGGUAGAAGACCGUAGGCUCUCCAGCAUGGGGGGAGGGAAUCUAUUUUUUUAUAAAACAAAAAUAUUAAAAAAGUUGAAAGAACUGGAAGUGGGGAGAGGUGGGAGAAACUGAGGCUCCAGAGGGACCAAAAAGAAAGGAGGUGGUGACAGACGCCCGAGAGCCGGCAUCCACCUGCUGCCUCCUGCCUCUGCCCUGUUCUGAGCCUCGGUUUCCGCACCUGCAAAAGAGGAAUGACGAAGGUACCGACCUCGUGGGGUUUUCACGAGGACCCAGUGUGACAAUGUGAGCGAGCCCCUUGGGGGCUGUGGGUAUGGUUACUCUGACGGGGAUGCCCUGUCUCCUCUCGCCCUCUGCUCCUUGGACAUUGCUAAGGACAGUCGCCCACUCCACUAGUACCCCUUCCCCUUGAUGCUUUGGAAUACGUUUUUGCCAAUAAAUGCGUCUGUGUGGGA